CUCAAGUAGAAUGAGAAACCUCUCGACAGAGCUAGUCAGAUUUUCCUUGGGGAGAGGUGGAUUUGAAACUCUUCCCAUCACCUGUCUGAUCCUGGAGGGGUCCAAUCCUGAUCCUUCUGAAAUCAGGGAAGUUGCUGUUUCUUUAGAAGGACAGCUGUUAUCUGGAGGGGCUGAGAGUUGAGCAAUGCUGUGAAUCAGAAAAAGUGGAACUGUGGUGGCAGGCAGAAGGUGCCGUGGAAGUGCUUUGGAUCUGUGAAGACUGCCCAGGGUCUGGAGAACUGCCCGACCUGAUGUCAUUUCCCUCUUGCAAACACCCCGGCUGGGCUGCGUCUGAGAUAUGUCACAGGGAGUGGGAGGAGGAGGAGGGGGAGCCAGUGAGUGCGUGCAGUGUCCCAGGACCCUGUUUAUUUAGCAUUCCCAGCUGAGGAAGCCCUGGUUUAAAUAGGAUCAGAGGAGCGGGCUGCCCACAGCAGAUGAAGAAAUGGUUGCUGUGGGGCUUUAAAUUCCUGCCUUCCCAUGUGCUGGCGUGGAGGAUGAGCCUGCAGAAUGCCUUUCCUCCUGGGUCUCAGACAGGACAAGGAAACCUGCAUGGGUGUCAACAAUCAAAGUUACAUAUGUGAAACGGGCCACUGUUGUGGACAAUCCCAGUGUUGCAACUACUACUAUGAACUCUGGUGGUUUUGGCUGGUGUGGACCAUCAUCAUCAUCCUCAGCUGCUGUUGUGUUUGCCAUCACCGCCGCACCAAGCACCGCCUGCAGGCCCAGCAGCGGCAGCACGAGAUCAACCUGAUCGCCUACCGGGAGGCCCAUAACUACUCAGCCCUGCCCUUCUACUUCCGGUUUUUGCCAAACUAUUUGCUACCUCCCUAUGAGGAAGUGGUGAACCGACCGCCGACCCCCCCGCCCCCGUACAGUGCCUUACAUCAGCAGUGUGUCCCAGCAGGCAGCAGUAGCACAAUCCCGGACACGCCCAGAGCCCUGCAGCCAGCACAGAGCAGCUCUGCAGCACCCAGCAGCAAUACCAGCAGUACUGACAGCACCGGGGCGCCCGGCCGCGGGGACCCCGAGCCCUCCGCCACCGUGCUGGGCGAGAGAGCCGUGGCCAAAACGCAAAGCAUGGAGCCCGGCAGCACCAGCACGGGAGCCGAGCUGGUGGAGAGGGCCGGUCCCGAUAAGGAUACGGAGUGCAAGGAGGGACUGCUGAAAGGUUACAGCUCUGAGAGCUUGGAGCAGAGCGGCGCCAUCCCCGACGCCAAGGACAAGACGCCGGGCAGGCAGCGCCGUUUCACCGGCGACUCGGGCAUAGAAGUGUGCGUGUGCAACCGGGGUCAUCACGACGACGACCUCAAGGAGUUUGACGGGCUCAUCGACGACGCUCUGGACGGGCCCCUGGACUUCUGCGACAGCUGCAGCAGCCGUCCCCACGGGGACGAGGAGGAAGGGCUCUUCAGUGCCACGGAGGAGCAGCACCGCGAACACAGCCACCACCACCUGCCCCGGCAGCCGGUGUGUGUACUCUUGAACACAAUAAAUGAGCAGGACUCUCCAAACUCUUGUACCAAUAACUCCCCCAGCUAAGGCGGCAGAGUGGAAGGGAGAAUCGGGGGGGGGG